ACUCUUCUCUUCGCCAGGGUCACUGAUGCUUUUAUUGCUCCAUAUAUCUUGGCCACGAUGUGCUUCAGAAGAGACGCCGGGAACACAUAGAGGAAAGGAGCACAAAGUGUGGUUUUCUUAUGAUCUUAAAGAGACUUGAGCCUCACGUGGCAGGUGAGGGCUGAUGGCCGGAGCAUGCCAUGUGUUAGAGCGCUGAGGCAGUGGGAGGUCAGGCCCACGUCUCCUCUGCUGGGGAUCAGACGCACCAGGACCCUGAUGUGGCAGCGGAUACGGGGUCUAGCCAGGGCUUGCCGACACGGUGUGGGGUACAGGGUGAACUACAAUGACCCGGUCCAAGAGGAGCAGGAGAUGGUGUGCAUUGAGCCCAUGGGAUCAGAGCGGAUGGAGAUGCGAAAGAGGCAGAUGUCGGUGCAGCAGGAGUCUGCAGCGGGGGGAACUGCACCGGCCCAGCAGGGCCAGCCGGGCCAGGCCAAUCCACGGGGCUCAAAUGCAUGUUGCUUCUGCUGGUGCUGCUGCUGUAGCUGUUCCUGGAAUGAAGACCAGGAUGAUAGGAACCGAAAGGCUUCUUAUGACGUUAAAGAGGGGACCGCUGACUGUGAAGACUGUCCUAAGCCGACGCUGGAGGAGGUGCGCUCAUGGGGGCAGUCAUUUGACAAGCUGAUGUGUUGCCCGGCGGGAAGGAACUCCUUCCGACUGUUUCUUCGGACUGAGUUCAGCGAGGAGAACAUGCUCUUCUGGUUAGCCUGUGAGGAGUUCAGCAACGAGGCUAAUAAGAGUGUGGUAGAGGAGAAGGCUCGGGUCAUCUAUGAGGACUAUAUCUCCAUUCUCUCGCCUAAAGAGGUAAGCCUCGACUCCCGUGUGCGAGAGACGAUCAACAGGAACAUGCAGGAGCCCAACUUGCACACGUUCGACGAAGCCCAGCUCCAGAUUUACACACUAAUGCAAAGAGACUCGUAUCCCCGCUACAUGAACUCCCCAGCCUACAAAAACCUGCUCAACACUCUAUCAGAGCAGUCUCCUGAAUCUUAGGGUGGUGAUGACCUGUGCUCUUUCAACUCUCUUUAUCCCCCUCCGCUCAAACAGCCUCUUUCCUUAACCAUUUUUUAAACAUUUUUCUUUGUAUGUUCAGUGUAGGAUUACAUUAACCGGGCCUCGGGCCUGGCCCCUCCCAGGGAUAUCAGCGCUAUUGUGAUCUGCACCUGACCGAAGACACUCAGGUCUCAAAAUCUCCCGAGGGCUCGACAUCACAAGUACUGCUACAGAUCAACAUAGCGAAACACUCCAAAGGAAUAUGAUUACAUCUUUUUCUUUCUUUUGAUAGAAAUAAUCUAUUUUAUUUGUGUUGAGUUUUUUAUGGUCCGUUGUUUUUUUGUAUGAUUGUUUGGGGGGGAAAGUAUUCCUACUGUAGACUAUAUAUUUAUGAGUUUGUAAAUAGUGAAAAUGGAAUUGUGGGUUAUUUUAUGUAUAGACGCCUGGUUCUAUAUACUGCGUAUGAAAAUCAAAGCUCAAGUCAAAGGCUACAUGUUAGCUGUACUUGCAGGCAGCUUUGUGGGGUACUGUAUGAUUUUACCUUGGUUUCCCCUUUGUUUUGUUACCUAACCUCACACUUUGGUACCUGUGACAGUGACUUGGCAACUCCAGUUCAUGUAGAAAAUGUGUGAGAUUGAAACAGCUGUAGGUGUGGUUACAAGUGAAGUAACGGAAAAGGGAAGAUAGCUUUUGUUAAGUUGAGUUUUCUUUUUCUUUUAAAAACCUGAACUCAAUGAUGACAGGAUAUUCAAACUGUCUUUACUUAAUCUUAACCACAGAGGAUUUGUGUCACUCACUUCACACCUCAUGAGUAUGGGACUAAUAUAUUUUUACCAUUGUGAUAUAUGAACGGAAAUAAUUUUAUUUACCAGAAAAUGUAUUUAUUGCUUAUUGAUCUAUUGCCAAUACGGAAAUAAAACAAGAACAAACUAUAUUUAUUUAUAAAUGGGGUAAACUAUACUGCAAGGUCACUGUGUAGAGAAAUAUAGAGUAAUUGGGUAACACUUUACUUUAUGUCUGUAAUUUCCUAAAUUCAUGGAAGUCCUGAUAAGCCUGUUUGGCAGUUGUUUAAAUAAAUUGAACAUUAAAUGUGUAGUACGUAAA